CUCGCCAACCACCACAAUAUUUUCAUCUCCGACUCACAGCUCCAAGCACCAUCUUCUCCAAUUCCACACCUCGACCCCGGAAAAUGGACCCAACCACCGACCCCGCCUUCUCCGUCGCCCUCGACGAAACAGCCCUCACAACCCAAAGCAUCCUCCUCGCCGCCGCGCACCACGACAUCCCCGCCCUGCGCGACCUCCUCCGCAACACCUCCGCCAACGUGCAAGACGCCGAGACGGGCUUCACACCCCUCCACGCCGCCAUCGCCGCGUGUGAGCCCUAUGAAGAGGGAGGGCCAAAGCCUACAAAUGGUCACACCAACGACGACGAGGAAAGCGAAGAGCGCAAGAACGAACUUGACGCAGCAGCGCGCACGGUGAAGUUCUUGUUCCAGAACGGGGCUAUCUGGAACGAUUUGGAUAGCAAAAACGAGACGCCAGGGUGCGUGGCUCGGCGGCUGGGGCUGAGUGAGAUGUAUGAGAUUGUGGUGGAUGCGGGGGUGCGGGCGGAGUUGUUGUUGGCGCGGCUGGACCAGUAUCAGAUUCUCGGUGACCAAGGAGAUUCUGAAGAAGAAGAAGAGGAGGAGGAGGAUGACGGCAAAGAGGUGCAAUCGGCUGAGGCUGUAGUGGAAGUGGAAGACCAGACGAACGGGGAGGAUGUUUCGACUACGAAUCCGAAUUAUUUGGCUUCGCAGCUUACGUUUACGGAAACAAGGAUACUGGACGACUCUGCGAAUGGGGUUAUGAUGGCCUGGGAGACGACGCUCAUGAAGCGCUCGGCGGAGCUUCUGUUGCCGUCGAGUGGUCUCCGCGUCCUGAACAUUGGGCACGGCAUGGGGAUUAUAGACGGCAUCUUCCAAUCGCUCAAUCCGUCUGCUCAUCAUGUUGUCGAAGCACACCCUGAUGUGCUAAAACGAAUGAAGGAAGAAGGAUGGUAUGAGAAGCCAGGUUUAGUCGUUCACGAGGGACGAUGGCAGGAUGUGGUGCCAGCGCUCGUAGAGAAAGGGGAGAUAUUCGACGCUAUAUACUUCGACACGUUCGCUGAGGAGUACAAGGCACUCAAAGAGUUCUUCACGGAACACGUUAUUGGGUUGUUAGCUCCCAAAGAAGGCAGUGGAGAAGGCGGGAGGUUUGGGUUCUUCAAUGGUAUGGGUGCGGAUCGACAAGUGUGCUAUGAUGUGUACCACAAGAUUGUUGAGAUGGAACUCUUCGAAGCUGGAUUCGAUGUCGAAUGGGAGGAAAUCGCCGUCCCCGACCUUCAGGAUUCCGGCGAAUGGGAAGGUGUGAAAAGAAGCUACUGGGCACUCGACAAAUACAGGCUACCAACUUGCACUUUCAUUGGUUGA